AUGACGCGAAACUUGGACGAAGCGGCCUUUCUAUUUACAAGGCUCUCAGACUACAAUCGAGAAAAGGCGCAGGAUCUUUUCCACUGCUUAACCGAAAAACUCCGUAUGCUAGGAUGCCGAACCUUUGAUGUUGACGUUGAGUUUUGGCCUUCCCCCAACAAUUACUGGAUAGCAUGGGUGCAUCUAGCAGAGCCCGAGGGAGCUAGGCGUGGAUGGCUAGAGUAUAUCAGGAUAAGACUGAGUGAUCUGGCUCUUGAGGGCUCGGACUGCUUCCAGUUGAUGACAGGGUGGGACACCAUCCGGAUAACGACUGACAGCAGGACGAAGCUGGGAGGGUGUCAUAGAUUCUGGGUUAUUGUGUAUCAAGAUACACCAUUCCUCGUUUCAUACGACGGCAAGUCUCGUGAAGCUGAUGAGGAUGCCAAGUAUGAUUUGAACGAUGAGUACCGUGCAUUACAACGAGCGAUCAGGUUCCAGCGGCAGGUGCACGAACAAGAGGUCAAGGUGCAGGAGCUGGAGGAGACGCUGAGACGAACAUACACUUGGGAAAGAGUUGACCGGUCAAGAACUAACUGA